AUGAAGAAGUCUACCUUGAUUUCACUCCUUGCGACAAGUCUCUGCUGUAGCGAAGGCAACGCCCUGGUGGACAUUGCUCUUCCAACAGCCGCAUCGCUAAUCGCUUCACAGAGUCAUGCAGCAUUUUCUCCAGCAACCACUUUUGCUCAGUCAACGAUCGCCACCUCCAGUAUUUCAAUGGCCGACAGCCUAUCACUACCGCAAAUGGCUGGGCCGGAUUCUUUUACGGACGUGGCCCACUUUGCCCUUGAUUUCUCGGGCCUUCUCAGCAAUCCUUCCAGAUUGAUGAUGCGGCUCUCAGCACUUGGCUCCUCCAGCCUUGACAUUGCCGAAACCAUACCGCUGACCACGGAGCCUCCCUCCUCCCCAUUGGUAGAGGCUGAAGUCCUGACAGACAUGGCACACGUUGCCUUGGACUUUUCUGGUUUACUCAGUCCGUCCAAGUCCAUGAUGCGCCUGUAUUCCAUAAUCGGGCGACUAUUUGCCUUGAGUGCUGACUACCUACCAGAUCAUACUGUUCAUCCAGAAGAAUUGAUGAUUCAAUUGUUCUUGAUCUGUGUGACUAUGCGAGAACUGAUCCAAGAGAAGCCUAUCAAGUCAUGA